AUGUUCGUAAUGAGAUUUACCGAGCGGGCCUACUUCAAUUACACCGAAGAGGACGUUAAGAACAGUCCCGGCGGCGCUCACCGCGUCACCUUCUCCAAUUCCCACUUUGAUCCGGCGGUGGCCGCCGACCAGUACAACUAUUACCUUGACGAGUGGCAGUACUGCGAGGAGAUAGGUUUCGACGGGAUGAUGCUCAACGAGCAUCACAGCACCCCCACCAGCCUGGGCGCCGCGAUGAACCUGGAGGCCGCCAUCCUGGCCCGCAUCACCAAGAAACCCAAGAUUGUAUUGAUGGGCAACCCGCUGCCUAUCCACGAAAACCCCCUGCGCCUUGCCGAAGAACUGGCCGAGAUCGACUGCAUAUCGCGGGGCCGCCUGGUGUCCGGCUUUGUGCGGGGCGGCGGCACCGAAAGCUGGGCUACCAACACCAAUCCAGUUUACAACCGCGAGCGGUUCGAAGAGGCCCACGAUCUGGUCAUCAAGACCUGGACUACCCCUGGCCCCUUCCGCUGGGAAGGCAAGCACUACCACUUCCGGCACGUCAAUCCCUUCCAGGUGCCGCUGCAGAAGCCCCAUCCCCCGGUAUGGAUCCCGGGCACCGGCAGCGCGGAAACGGCGGCCUGGUGCGCCGAACACCACUAUCCCUACUUCUACCUGGGGAUCGUGCCCUAUACCUUCGGCUACAUGCAGGACAUCUACCGCGACGCCGCCAGGAUGCACGGCUACGAAGCCGGCCCCCAGAACUUUGGCUACAUGCUGCCCAUCCACGUGCAGGACACCGAUGAAAAGGCGAAGGUCGAAGGUCGCGGCUUCCUGGAGGCGUUGGUCGGCGUUGGCCGCGUUCCCAUGCCCCGCGAAUACUCCUUCCCGCCUGGUUACAACCGGGCCACGCGGGACAUGUGGGCCGACGACGAGCGCGAGGCCAAGGUGCGUGAAACCAGGGCCAGCGACCCCUUCCGAACCGGCCCGGUAACCGACGAGACCUUCCAGGGAAUGAUAGACGACAACCGUAUGGUCAUCGGCAGUCCGGACACCGUCAUUCGCAAGGUGCGAGAGGUACUGGAGCAGGUGCGUCCCGGUAUCCUGGCCGUGUGGACCAACGACGGCUCCAUUUCACACGAAGCCACCAUGCGCUGCCUGCAGUUGAUGGACCAGGAAGUGCUGCCCGCCAUCCGCGAAAUUGGCGAUGAACUGGAACUGCCCGGGCCCUUUGACAUUGACCCUUAA